AUGGUCUUCGCCACCUUUGCAGCCCUUCUAGCUGGGAGAUCCGAGAAGCAGACAGCUCACAACUUCUUUGCCGAGAUCUACAACGUUUCUGGGUGGCCCAACGGGGUCGCGUUCCUGAUAGGCCUCAGCGCGACAAAUUGGGCGUUUUCAUGCCUUGACGCCGUGGUCCAUCUCACGGACGAGAUCCCUCAACCACGCAGAAACAUCCCAAUGGCUCUCCUGUGCACUGUUGCACUGGGAACAUUCACUGGGUUACCGAUAGUCUUUGCGCUGUUCUUCGCGGCUACGGAUUUGCCGGCCAUCGCCGCAUCUGGCACGCCCUCUCUCGAACUGUUUUACCAGGUUUACCAAAAUAAGACAGUAGCCAUCGUGCUUCAGAGCCUCGUCACGUUUUCGGCAGCGGGUGCCAUGAUCGGCUGUCAUACAUGGCAGUCUCGCAUGGCGUGGGCAUUCAGCAAAGACAGAGCGUUUCCAUUUCACAGACACAUGUCGAAGAUAGCACCCAAGCCAUUCGAUGUCCCUGUCUGGGCACACGUCUGGUCAUGCUUCUGGGUCGCUCUUCUCGGAUGUCUCUACCUAGCGUCGAGCCUUGCCUUCAAUUCCUUUAUCUCCGCGGGCAUCUUGCUGCAGUAUAUCACAUAUUCGAUAGGAAUCCUUUGCCUCUUGUGGACGGGCCGUUCUGAGAUGGUACAUGGACCUUUUUGGUUUCCUAAGCUGGGCUUUAUUGCGAGCAUAAUCACGUUGGCGUGGUCCGCUAUUAGUGUCGUGUUUUACUCCUUUCCCUACUACCAACCAGUGGCGACCCUUGAAAUGAACUAUGUGUCGUGA